AUGACAGGAGUGUUUGACAGAAGGGUCCCCAGCAUCCGAUCCGGCGACUUCCAAGCUCCGUUCCAGACGUCCGCAGCCAUGCACCAUCCGUCUCAGGAAUCGCCAACUUUGCCCGAGUCGUCAGCCACCGACUCCGACUACUACAGCCCCCCGGGGGGAGCCCCGCAUGGCUACUGCUCUCCUACCUCGGCUUCCUACGGCAAAGCGCUGAACCCCUACCAGUACCAGUACCACGGCGUGAACGGCGCGCCCGGGAGCUACCCCGCCAAAACCUACGCUGACUACGGGUACGCCAGCCCCUACCACCAGUACGGCGGUGCCUACAACCGAGUCCCGAGCGCCGCCAGCCAGCCAGAGAAAGAAGUAGCGGAGCCGGAGGUGAGGAUGGUGAAUGGCAAACCAAAGAAAGUUCGCAAACCCAGGACUAUUUAUUCCAGCUUUCAGCUGGCCGCCUUGCAAAGAAGGUUUCAGAAGACUCAGUACCUGGCCUUGCCGGAACGCGCCGAGCUGGCUGCCUCCCUGGGACUGACGCAAACACAGGUGAAAAUCUGGUUUCAGAACAAAAGAUCCAAGAUCAAGAAGAUCAUGAAAAACGGGGAGAUGCCCCCGGAGCACAGCCCCAGCUCCAGCGACCCCAUGGCGUGUAACUCGCCGCAGUCUCCGGCGGUGUGGGAGCCCCAGGGCUCGUCCCGCUCGCUCAGCCACCACCCUCAUGCCCACCCUCCGACCUCCAACCCGUCCCCUGCGUCCAGCUACCUGGAGAACUCGGCUUCCUGGUACCCGAGCACAGCCAGCUCAAUCAAUUCCCACCUGCCACCGCCCGGUUCCUUACAGCACCCACUGGCACUCGCCUCCGGGACACUCUAUUAGACCGGCCGCUUGCUUUGCGCAUUUUGGAGACUAUUUUGCUGUUUUAGAAAAUCAUAAAGAAAGAAUUCAU